CGUCGACAGGCAGCAGCAGCAGCGCCGCUAGUGUCCAGCCAGUGUGUGUGUGUUGUGUGUAUAGCUCCCGUGAUUUUCGUCAUUUUCCUUUGGAUAACUGGACGCAUUACGCAGGGCUCAAUUUCAACUGAAAAAGUUAUUUGGUUUUUAUGAAUGUGACGUAUGUAAUUCAUCUUGAUCUUUCUUGUGAGGUAGAUAUGGUAAAUAAUAAGUCGAGGUAUCACACAUCAACAUGUUUCUUCUCUAACAAAAGUGACCCCUGAUUAAAAGGGGAUGUUUGUAAAUAUCGUCGCCAUCAGCCAGUUAAUCGACAGGCUAAAAUCACCAUUGGCGACUCUCCUAUAGCGGUUAAGUGAUUGGCACAACGAUGCAGCAGGUGGACGCACCGGCCCAAAACAUUUCGGCGUUCCAGGCGGCCAGACUAGACGGCGGCAAAGAGAAGGAACCUCCUCCACGAAUGGAGGUGCCCAUACAGCCCGUCAAUGGCAUCGUGCAGCCGCCGGUCCAUCCGCAGCCCGAGCGACCGGGACGCGUCACCAAUCAACUGCAAUUCCUGCAGAAGACCGUGCUGAAGGCCGUCUGGAAACAUCAGUUUGCAUGGCCGUUCCAUCAACCAGUUGAUGCGAAAAAAUUAAACCUUCCGGAUUAUCAUAGAAUUAUUGACCAGCCAAUGGAUUUGGGUACGAUCAAAAAACGUUUGGAUAAUAACUAUUACUGGUCGGGAAAGGAGUGCAUACAGGACUUCAACACAAUGUUCACUAAUUGUUAUGUGUAUAAUAAACCGGGCGAGGACGUUGUGGUGAUGGCUCAAACGCUCGAGAAAGUCUUCCUGACGAAGGUCGGCGAUAUGCCAAAGGAAGAAUUUGUGGUGGAUUUACCGGCAAAAGGAGGAAAGGGUAGUAAAAAGAAAGUGAGUGGCGUAGGCGGGACGGGUGCGGGAGCUGCUGGUAGCGGCCGAGGUAGGCCCCCUUCAGUUGGAAUUUCGUCGACCGUUACCCCGGUCAUCGGUAGCUCAGGUAUACCAUUAUCAACACAGGCACCUACGACGAUACCCGGAAGUACGGCCACUACGACGAUAGCGCCAGCAGCGGCGGCGGCGACACACAGUUCGUUACCUCAGCAGCUGCCGCUUCCCGGUGCCUACGGCGUUCCGCCACCUAUGGCUCCUGCCGGAAAUCCCAUGGACACUUCCGGUAUAGCCCCGGCGGUCAUGCCCGCGUCCGUUUUACCUUCGCAACAGCCGGCUAAAGUCAAAAAGGGCAUCAAGAGAAAGGCGGAUACGACAACGCACACCGUUUACGAUUACACUACACCUACGGAGGCGAAAUCCGCAAAGAUAUCAACGCGGAGAGAAUCCGGACGGCAAAUUAAAAAACCAAUCAGACCGGAACUUGACGGUCUUGUACCUUAUAAGCAAUCAAAUAUUAGUCCCCUUGGCACGAAUUCGACGUCGACGCCUCAACACGGUGCCCAUAAACCAAAAGAAAAACUCUCGGAUCCUUUAAAGUCCUGUAACGAUAUUUUAAAAGAGCUGUUUUCAAAGAAACACUCUAGUUAUGCAUGGCCGUUUUAUAAGCCGGUCGACGCGGUCUUGUUGGGUCUUCAUGAUUAUCACGAAAUUAUUAAGAAACCGAUGGAUUUGGGGACGGUUAAACAGAAAAUGGAUAACAGGGAGUACAGGACGGCCCAAGAGUUCGCCGCUGAUAUCAGACUGAUAUUCACAAACUGUUACAAAUACAAUCCGUCGGAACACGAUGUGGUCGCGAUGGCGCGCAAACUCCAGGAUGUGUUCGAAAUGAGAUUUGCUAAGAUCCCUGAUGAACCGAUUAGUCGGCCGUCUAUGGGCAGUAGUAAAUCAGAUUCAAGUUCGUCAGGGUCUAGCUCGGAGUCGUCAAGCGAUACAGAUGAUUCUGAGGAGGAAAAACGAAAUAGACAACUUAAAUUAUUAGAAAAAGAGUUGAUUGGUUUACAAGAAAAAAUGCGUAAAUUGGUAGAGGAAAGUUCGAAAAAGAAAAAAGAGAAGAAGAAGCACAAGGAGAAAGAUAAAACAAAGAAGCUUGUGAAUAGCAGUAGUCUGGGUAAGCCUGGGGCCCACGUGGCCCAAGCCAACAAGGCCAACGCGAUAAAUACGGACAGCGUUGACGACAGCAUAACCAGCGUGGUGUCGGGGGCUGAUACGAAGAUACCCGGCGGUGAUCAAGCGCCUGGUCGAAACUUCCUAUUGCACCACCCUGCCACAGCUGGCGCCAACGCUGCCAAGCCGCCUAAGACCAAAGGUGUGAGAACACCCAAACAACAAUCGGCACCAUCGGCAAAAAAACCCAAACCGACCACAAAGGGGGCUGGCCGAAAAAAAUCGACGACCCAAUCAAAUCCUCCGCCAUUCGAUUCGGACGACGAGGAUAACGCACGUCCUAUGUCUUAUGAUGAGAAACGGCAGCUCUCCUUGGACAUCAACAAGCUGCCUGGUGAUAAAUUGGGCCGCGUCGUCCAUAUCAUUCAAUCGCGAGAGCCAUCCUUGCGCGAUUCCAAUCCCGACGAGAUCGAAAUCGACUUUGAAACGCUGAAACCGUCGACGCUGCGUGAGCUCGAAAGCUACGUAGCGUCGUGUCUGCGAAAAAAGCCACGUAAGCCCUACUAUAAGAAGCAACCUGGAAAGACAAAGGAUGAACAAAUGCAGGAGAAGAAACAGGAGCUUGAGAAGAGGCUGAACGAUGUUAACGAUCGAAUCGGAUCAGCUAAUAUAAAAAAGAUAAAUAAAAAGGAUGAAGUGAAUAAGGUAGAUCAACCAGGAGCCGCAGGACCCGGUCACAUGUCGAGCAGCUCGAGCAGUUCAGAAUCGGAUAGCAGCAGUUCGAGCAUGUCGAGUAGUUCGAGUGAUUCGAGCGACAGCGAAGCAGGUGACAAUAAGCCCCCUAAGAAAAAAGUUAAAAAGUCUCCAAAUCCGGCCAACAAUGCCACCAACAAUCCGACAAUGAAACUACAACAAAUCACCCCAAUACCAUCAUCAAUACCAACACCGGCGUCGACACCCAAUCCAAACCCAUCAACGCAGCCAAAUCAAACAGCCAAUAAUAACAACACCACCAACAGCAUUCCAAACAACGUUUCGGCGAUAAAACAACCGACGACCGCGUCAACCGGUGUACCUCCCCAACGAAAAUCAUCGGCUGAUAACAACAACAAACCCCAACAACAAUCAACACUCGUCACGCAACAACCGGUUAUCGCGAAUUUAUCCCAAAAGCAACAACCGCCCCCAAACAUCGUAAAUCUACCAACGCCUUCGCCUUCUUCAUCGGAAAAACCAAAACCGCUAGCAUUACUUAACGAUAAUAAUUCAUAUACAGACCCGUUAGAACAAUCUUUGGCCAGUUUAGAACAUGAUGGGGUUAAACAGGAGUCGUUAGACGUUUUGCAACAACAGCAUCAUCAACAACAACAGGCGAUCGUUGCGAAAGCUUUGUCUUCAACUUUAAAUUGUGGUUUAAGUAAUAAUAUGGUUUUACAGAAUGUCGUAGCACAAGAUAUGAAAACGAAUCAUCCCGGCGGUUUGAUGGGAAUGAAUUUAUUACCGAAUACGUUGAUGCAUAUGCAUCAUCCAAUGGACGCUGAAUUACCGGUACCAAAUUUACCAAUGGGCGGCGGUAAUCCAGCGCCCACGAAUUUAAUACAUACGCAUAACAACGGUUUCGGAAUUAAACACGACUACGACAACUUGACCAACGCGGAUAAUAACGGGAUGGGAUCGUUGGGCGGAUAUCCGUUGGGGAUGCCGUCGAUGGCAUCGAUGUUCGAUCCUAUCAGUUUUAAUAAUGCGCCGCUUUUAAAAAAGGAACCGUUAAUACACGCUAAACCAAUCGAAGAGUUAACGGAUCCCGUUCAUCAUCAUCACAACAUCGACAGGAAGCACACACCUCCUGAGCAGCAACAACAAAAACAAGCGGGAGCGGUUAGCGGAUUUAAGCCGAAACAAGUGCAGCAGCAGCACCAGCAACAACAACAACAACAGCAGCAGCAGCAACAACAAGAGCCGAACGUAAAGAAUGCGAGUUCUUGGUCGAGUUUAGCGCAACCGAGUCCACCGCAGAAUAACACGUCAAGUAGCAGUAAUAGUAAGCAGACGUUGAUGGAUAGUUUUAAAAUGUUUCAAAAUAAGGCGAAGGAGAAAGCCGAUCGAGAAAAGCAACGCUUGGAAAAUUUGGAGUUUAAGCGGCAACAAAAGGAGCAAGCAGAAAAGGAACGAUUACGGGUGGAAAACGAAAGGAGAAGAGAGAAAGAAGAAGAGGACGCGUUGGAAAAAGCUAGAAGAGCUGUUGCCGAGCAACAACAUGCACCUUUGCCAUCAUCAAGAGUCGAAGAGUUGAGGUCAUCCCCUGGCGAAGGUAGCAUUUCUCCGGGAUCGCAGAGUUCCGGUUCAGAUCGACAAAUAGAAAGGGAUAGGCAACGGUUACGAGAACAGGAACGAAGAAAACGGGAAGCAUUGGCAAAUCAAAUAGACAUGAACAUGCAAAGCGACUUAAUGGCAGCGUUCGAAGGAUCCUUAUAGUGAAAGGUUGAACGAUGAGUAGCGACAACGACGAUGACGAGAAAAGGCUUCCAGUACACACACAAUGACGACUCAGACGAUGACUACGCGAGAGGAUGAAGAAAAGAAAAACUACCAAGUAUCCGAUUUAACAUUAAAGAAAAACACAAAAAAAGUUUUCUACGAAUCGUUCAUUAAUUAAUUAUGUCUUUGAUUACAAUAAGUAAGUUUAUUAGCAGAUGUUGUAAAUAGCGUUAUUCACUUUUCGGUUUAUAACGUCAAUACUUCCCAAAAAAUUUAAGAAUAAUAAUAUAAAAAUAUAAAUUGAAUCGUUAAAUGGAGAAUAAAAAUAAAAAAAAAUAAUA